AUAAGCAUUCCGUUUUCGUGUUCUUCCAUAUUUGAGAUUUCUAAGAAUAAUCUUUUCGUUAUUCUCUUGAUUUUUUCUAUAUACCUUCAAUUCCUACCAUUCUAGAUGAUAUAUAUUUUCUUUCAACUCCAACUUCAUAUCUGAUAAUAAAAAGUCCACAAAUUUCUUCUAAGAUAUGAAAAAAAAUACACAACAGUAAACUAGGAUGACUUGAUAAAAAAGUACAUAUUAACUCAUUAUCGGUAAUGACAUAAUGAGCAAAUAUCAUAAAGAUGAAUUAAUUAUUUUAGAAACCUCAACUUAUUUAAAAAAAAUGAAGAGAUUUAUCAAAAUAAAAUAAAAUUCAUCCGACCAAUGAAUCAGGUUAAUAUUUUAAAUAUAAUUAUAAAUUAACCAAUAUUAAUGAUAAAGCGAAACUCAUUCGGCAAGGGCCGAGUAAAAACUAGUCUAAUUAUAGAUGUGAACAAGCAUGAUCCAUUACAUUUGAUCUAUUUAAUACGAUAAGAUAUAAAAUUAUCGAAUAAUAAGUUAGCAAAAUCACCCUGUAAAUUGGAAGAGAAAUUUUACAAUGCUAUAUAGUAUUGGUACUAUAGGUUUUUGUCUUUGUGGUACAAUUUAAAAUUGUACAUUUACGUUAUGGUACAACUUUAGAUUGUACCUAUACUUUUUGUACAAAUUCUUUUAUGGUACAACUUGACCUUGUACCUUUAUGUGAUGGUACAACUUCAAGUUGUAAAGUUGUACCAUAACAUAAUGGUACAAAUUGUUUUAUGGUACAACCUAAACUUGUACAUUUAAUGUUAUGGUACAACUUUGAGUUGUACAUUAAAGCACCAAUGCUAUAUAGCAUAGUAGAAGUGCUCAAAUUGGAAUGGCAUCGUAGGUCCGGUUGGACUGAGGAUUGGGCUUCUGCUGCCUGAGUUGGAUCUUUCAAGCGUCAUACAUUUGUCAUGAAUCUUAAUGGGCCUACAAUUUAUGGAGCGAGCCCAAUUUAUGUUUACGACCAAUCUGGACUGGACACUUCUUCGUCUUCAAGCCGUUAAUCUCUCCCGGCGAACUCCGGCCGGCUCAAUUCCUGACGUCCUCACUCGUCUCCUUCCUUCUCUUGGGAAGGCAAAACAUUUUGUUUUGGGGAUAAUAUAUAGCAUCCAUUCGUCACAGAAUGACUAUCCCUUGCUUCAAGGUGGAGAAAACGCAAGUUUAGCGCCAACAGCAGCACAAAGUUCGCCAGUUGCAUUUGCUCAAUUUAAAGCCACCAAAGCCCUUAAUUUUGGUUAUCUGGGUUCUCUCCAUUCAGCCGGGUAAUUGCUAAUUCCUUCCAUUUCCGUCUUCCUCUUGUCAUCUGGGUUCUCAAUCGAGUGUGCUCGACGGCUGCAGCUUUUCCGAAAUAGUUAACUGGUGCAAAAGGGUAUUUUGCUCUUGGUUUUGCUCUUCGGGGUAGAAGGAAACAUAUUUUGUUGCUUUUCCGAUCGUUAGGCAGCUUCCUGAACUGGGUGGCUUCCUGAUAUUUGGAAUUCGUCGUCUUGUCUUUACACUCACAGUUUUGCUUCGUUGCUGUGCUUCCAAGAUACUCGAAAUUUUUGGGUUGUUAUGUAUGUUCUCAUCACAGUAGGUUUCCUCCUAAUGGCUAUUGGUGCUGUAGAUUUCCUAUGCGUGUUCCUUUUGUUUGUCUGUCUCGUCCAUGCAUUCCCUCAGAUCUUAGCAGUCGAUUCAGUAUGGUUGCAGAUUUGAAGGGAGGAGGAAUUCUGUGGUGUUGGGGAAAUUCAGCUGCUCGAGAGAGAAGUCACACAAACUGGUGUUUGCAAUUUAGGAGAGCAAGAUGUCUAUUAGACAAAACAACACCCUUUUUCUUGAACAAUGGCUGAGCAGCAUCAGUGGCAAUGUGAGCACAAGCCAAUCUUCUUCUUCAUUGUCCUCCCGCGCCAUCGUUCAAACAUGGGCUGAGAUCAGAGAUUGCCUUCAAAGCCAAGCACUCCAACCCCGUCACCUCCAGUCCAUGAAUCUUCUUCUAGAUUAUCAAGUAUCCCUUUAUGUUGCUGAUACCCAAGCAAAGCUUCUGCUCUCCAUUCUAUCUUCUGAGAAAAUCGCUCUUCCUAAUGAAGCAUAUACACCUUUGCUUCGGCUGCUCUAUGUCUGGGUUAGGAAGUCCUCAAGACCAUCUCCAUCGCUAAUGGAUUCAGCUGCAGAUGUCCUCUUGAAAUUCUUAGAUACCGAGUAUGGACAAAUUAAGAACCCCAUAUUAUUUGCAAAUACGGUACUCCUGCUUGCCGCUAUUUCUUAUGUGCCUUCUGCAUCAGAACGAUCCAAAACAGUCUGCCUGGAUUUGGUUUGCAGAUUGUUGGAGCAAGACUAUAUGCUGAUCAGCUCAUUUGGAGCACUUCUUCUUAGCCAUGUUCUUGCUGGGAUAGGGUAUGCUUUGCGUUCUUCGGGGAAUGCCCACUUUGUUAGGAUAUUGGAUUCAUUGCUGGGGAUUUGGGGUAAGGAAGAUGGACCGCCUUGUAGUUUACCAAACGGACUCAUGAUUUUGCAUUUGGUAGAAUGGGUGAUACCUGGAAUGAUGAAGUUAAAUUCUCAGGAUAAGUUGCUAACAUUUACCAUACAGGCUUUGGAAAUUCCAAAACUGGAUUAUCCACCAUUUGGCCUCGUUAUGGCUGCAGGUGGUGUUCUGAGAGCUUUGAAUAGAUCUAUUACAAGUGUUGAAAGGCUGGAUUUGGUUUCCAGAUUGAGGGUUUCUUCAGAAAAUUUACUAAGAUCCACUGCUCAAAAUUUAAUUAAGAAAAUGGGAGGGUUUAUUUCUGUGGUCAAUGAUGGCUCAACCGGUCUUCUAUUGCAGUGUAUUUCCUUAGCUGUAGCUCGAGCUGGUCCCAUAUCUUCCCAUGCUUCUCUCUUAAUAUCCAUGGCUGCAGCAUUAUUAACAGAGAUAGUACCUCUGCGUCGUUUGUAUACAAGAAUUCUCGGUUCUUCAGUCAGUUCCCAAGGACCGGAGUUCGAUGAAGCAAAAGAACAUCUCAACAGUGUUCCUUUCAAGGAAGCAGGAAGCAUAACUGCUUGCUUCUGCAAUCAGUAUGUGUCAGCAGAUGAAGAGAGCCGGAAUGUAGUUGAGAAUGCCUUUUGGCGCUUCUGCCAAGAGAUAUAUUCUGGCCAUCGACUAUUGGCUUUAUUGCUGCAUGAUAGGGAGGAUCAGCUGCUAUCAAAUAUUGAAAAAAUGGCUGAGUCAGCCUUCCUUAUGGUAGUUGUUUUUGCCUCCACUGUUAGCAAGCACAAGUUGAGUUCAGGCUUGGCCCCUGAAAUACGGAUGCAAACCUCGGUAUCAAUUUUAGUUUCAUUCUCUUGCAUGGAAUACUUCCGUCGUAUUCGUUUGCCUGAGUAUAUGGACACGAUACGAGGAGUUGUUGUUAGUGUACAGGAGAAUGAGACUGCAUGCACCACUUUUGUGGAGUCCUUGCCUCCCUAUGCUGAUCUCACAAACGCUAAAGAAUUCCCACACCUUGUGAAGUAUACUUGGCUGAACGAUGAAGUCCAGACUUCCCGAAUUCUGUUUUAUCUGCGUGUCAUUCCAACAUGCAUCGAGCGCCUAUCUGCACCUCUAUUCAGUGAGGUGGUGACACCAACUAUGUUCUUAUAUAUGGAACAUCCGAAUGAGAAAGUAUCUCGAGCCUCACAUUCCAUGUUUGUGGCAUUCAUAUCUCUGGGAAAGGAAGCAGAUGUUGAUGAAACAGCACCACUGAAGGAGCAACUUGCUUUCUACUACAUCCUGAAAUCGUUAUCGGGAUAUCCUGAGUUUACGCCAUUUGACGGCAUGGCAUCUGGAUUUGCACAUUUGAUUCAACACCUUCCUGCUGGAAGCCCGGCCACAUUCUACUGCAUCCAUAACCUAGUGGAGAAAGCCCAGAAUCUCUGUUCUAAAGUCUCAGUGCAGAAUGCUGAUCUAUGGAAGAACUGGCAGGGAGAGUUGGAGCCUUGCAAAAAGCUUCUCGAUUUGCUUUUACGAUUCAUUUCCCUCGUUGAUAUUCAAGUGCUACCUGACUUGAUGAAGCUACUUGCUCAGCUGAUCAUCCAGCUACCCAAAGAUGGCCAGAAUGUGGUUCUUAACGAGUUAUAUGAACAUGUAGCUGAAUCUGAUGAUGUCAUCCGCAAGCCUUCACUGGUGUCGUGGCUACAGUCACUAUCUUACCUAUGCUCUAAAGAUUUUGAUAAUACCAGUAGAAGUGCAGCCUCCGAGAACAAGAUUGUCUAUCGAGAAGGUUCUGCUGCGCCUCUCACGAACCCUUCACAGGGAGCCGAAGGAUUAAGUUCCCGAUUAUGAGGACAGAGCACUCCAUGUCUCUGAAAAAGUACUGUAUGUGUCCCAUUGACCUCAUGGAAUGCCUUCCUGCAGUUAUUUAGGAUCUUGGUUCUGUGUAAUGUGUAUAGGAAAAUCCAGUCAUGGUAGGUAAAAGACUUACUGCAGGCAAAUGGUAGAUAGAUAAAAGGAAAUAGAAGAUGAAACAUUAAAGCUGUGAAACCUUGACUACUGCUUGAAUAAUGGGCAACCCUGUCUGCGGGAAUGCUCUGCCGAUCAGCCACACCAAGACCGGACCAAGUGCACCGACGAGAAAGAACAGUGAAUCAAUUAUCUCUGUAUAAAACGGGUAUUCAAGCAUGUCUUCUUCAGCAUCUUGUCCUGUCAAGGUCGAUGCAGCAUCCACUUCUUCACUGGCUUUCAAGUUUCAUCAACUUCUCCAACUGCCCUUUCGGAGUCCAACUUCGCCAUAAGCAUCCUCAGUCCAGGUUCCGAAUGAACACCUUGUCCAACAGCAUCUUGGCGUCCCAAAUGAACACCCCUUACAAAACACCAACACACUGCAUCCCUAAUCCACAAUAGCCUCAUAAAGCAACGCUCCAGCACGAAACACCUUACCCAGUGAUUAGCAUUAUCCUUAAGCAUUUUAGUUAACAUUUUGAUCAACAUUAUCCUUAAGCACUAUUGUUAACAUUGAACCAGCUAAUAUCAUUGAUAAAAUAAUUAGUAUUGUAUUCAUAAUUAUUAACACAGAUGUCUGGGUGGUGUAGUUGGUUAUCACGUUAGUCUCACACACUAAAGGUCCCCAGUUCGAACCUGGGCUCAGACAUUUUUAAUAUGGUUUAAUUUUUGUCUUGAAAAAAAAAUCAAACAAAAAUGAACCUGACGUGAAUCGAACACGCAACCUUCUGAUCUGGAGUCAGACGCGCUACCAUUGCGCCACAGAUCCUUCUCUAUUUAGAUGCUCUAUUAGAUAUUUAUAAUGUUUGUAAGUACUAGCUCCUCUCCUACUCAUCCGUCCUUUUGUUCCUCUUGGCGGCCAUUUCCUCAUAGCUGAUUCCUUUCUCUUCAAUCUUCAACUCAACAGGUUUAUCUUUCAUUGGAGUUUUUGUUUUUAAUAUAAAAUUUACAAUUUA